CUUAUUUUAAAUCUCCAUUAACACAAAAACAGAGAUGAACCCUGUUUCUUCUUCAAUGAUUCCAUCACUCAGUUCAUCAACAAUCUCCAAUAUCCAUCACCAAUGUAUCUCGACUUUCAAAGAUCACUCAUCGUAUGUCUUCUCUCUUGUAAUCUCUGGAAAAUUUCUUUACAGUGGUUCUUCAGAUAAAGAAAUUUUACUUCACAUUGCUGAUCCAUCUUCAAACUCCAAUCAGAAUUUAUCAUCGCAGUCAAAAGUCGUAGCAAUUGGAGAGUUCGGUUCAGUAAAGUCAUUAGUUAUCUCGGGUGAUAAACUCUUUAGCGCUCAUCAAGAUCAUAAAAUCAGGGUCUGGCAAAUUCCUAACAAUUUUAGUACUCCCCGUGACAGGAAGUUCAAGCUUUUAGCAACACUACCAACUCUAACGGAUCGAUUACUUCGAUUCUUACCAGCUAAAAACUACGUUCAGGUUAGAAGACACAAGAAAACUACAUGGGUUCAUCAUGUUGAUACAAUAUCUGCAUUAGCUUUAUCAAAAGAUGAAUCAUUACUGUACUCCGUUUCUUGGGAUCGGACGCUGAAAAUUUGGCGAUCGUCGGAUUUUACGUGUUUAGAAUCAGUUAACAAUGCUCAUGAUGAUGCUAUUAAUGCAUUAGUAUGUUGUAAAAAUGGGUUUGUUUUUACUGGUUCUGCAGACAAGAAAAUCAAGAUUUGGAAGAACGUGAUCAAAGAGUCGAAGAGUUCGAAUGCCCGAAAGAAGAAGAAACAUUCAGUAGUGGCUGUUCUUGAUACGCAUAAAUCAGCCGUGAAUGCAUUAGCUCUUAGUACUGAUGGGUGUGUUUUGUAUUCAGGUGGAUGUGAUUGUCAAAUUUUAGUUUGGGAUAUUACUUACACUAAUGAUGGUGAUUAUGAAGACAAUCAAAGUAUUAAUAUGAGUUUAGUUGGUGCUCUUAAGGGACAUAAAAGGGCAGUGUUGUGUUUAAGUGUUAUUUCGGAUUUGAUUUGUAGCGGAUCGGCCGAUAAAACAGUGAGGAUUUGGAGAAGGAUUAACAAUGGUAGCAGUUGUAGUUAUUCAUGUUUAGCAGUGAUGGAAGGCCAUAAUGGUCCAGUUAAGUGUUUAACAACAACCAUUGAACAUAACUAUAGUAACUCAACUACGAUGAUCACUAACAAUGCAUAUCUUAUUUAUAGUGGUAGUUUAGAUUGUAGUAUUAAAGUGUGGAAGAUUUUAGUUCCUUAUUCUCUAUAAUGGAACUAGACUCAUUUUAGUGAUUAUUAUAUAUAACCUUUUAUCAAAA